AUGAGUUCCAACAUUGGUAAUGUAACUUAUCCGGAUACAGUUCCAGGACAAGGAAAUUUAGUUUUCGAAGCAAGCUUUGAAUCUGGGAAUUUGGGACGAGUUGAUAAAGUAUCUUGUUCUGAAUAUGAUUUGUUCAUUCGUCCCGAUACACUGAAUAAUAAAUAUCGUGUUUGGUUCUAUUUUGAGUGUAAAAAUGCAACAGAAAAUCAAAGAAUUAUCUUCAAUAUUGUCAAUUUUUCCAAGCAAAGAACACUUUUCGAAAUGGGAAUUGCAGCUCCAGUUGUUAAAUCAAAUGCCCAAAACAGCUGGUAUUGUGUUCUUCGGAAAGAUGAAAAAUUAUAA